UACACCGGCCGGCUCCGCCGCAGCUCUUCGUCGCGGAGCCCCCGCAGCCCCGACGGGACGGGGCAGAGAGACCGACCGGGCCGGGCUGCCCUCCCCGACGGGUACCGGAGGGGAGAAAGAACCGGGGCUGGGGGGCUGCGGCCACAUCAGACAUGAGGUGCCCUGGCCUCAGGCGGGAGCGCAGCCACGCGUGGGCGGCUCCCCCGCGGGGGCUGGGGCACAGCGGCUUCCCCCGGGUCCGGCGGUGUCACUUCCCAGUGUCGCCGCUCCAAGAACGACCACGGGCCGGGCCAGCAGGGCCUGGCCUCGCAGGUGGCUGGGCGAGGGGCAGGGGUUGGAUGUGGCCCCCGGUGCCGCCAGCUAACGUUGCGCCUCUCUCCCCCAAGGAAAUGCUCCAGGAGAAAAGCCUGUCUGAAACCGAGGAAGGGUUUCCAACAGCCCCCGCGCCCGGCCAUGCGGACACCUCCGCCGGCUCCCCCGUCCUCGGCGUAGCCGGGGGCAGCACCACGCCGCUCAGCAGCCCGCAGCUCCCCGACCCCGAGCAGACAAUAGAAAAUAUCAAAGUCUAUCUCCAUGAGAAAGAGCUAUGGAAGAAAUUCCAUGAAGCUGGCACGGAAAUGAUAAUAACCAAAGCAGGCAGGAGGAUGUUUCCCAGCUACAAGGUCAAAGUGACUGGAAUGAACCCCAAGACCAAGUACAUUUUGUUGAUCGACAUCGUCCCGGCUGACGACCACCGGUACAAAUUCUGUGACAACAAAUGGAUGGUGGCUGGGAAGGCCGAGCCGGCCAUGCCGGGCCGGCUGUACGUGCACCCCGACUCGCCGGCCACGGGGGCGCACUGGAUGCGGCAGCUGGUGUCCUUCCAGAAGCUCAAACUCACCAACAACCACCUGGACCCCUUCGGACACAUCAUCCUCAAUUCAAUGCACAAAUACCAGCCCCGGCUGCACAUCGUGAAGGCGGACGAGAACAACGCGUUCGGCUCCAAGAACACGGCUUUCUGCACCCACGUCUUCCCAGAGACCUCCUUCAUCUCUGUCACCUCCUACCAGAACCACAAGAUAACCCAGCUGAAAAUUGAAAACAACCCCUUUGCCAAGGGCUUCCGGGGCAGCGACGACAGCGACCUGCGCGUGGCUCGGCUCCAAAGCAAAGAAUAUCCAGUAAUUUCCAAGAGCAUCAUGAGGCAGAGGUUGGUGUCCAGUCAUGGGCAGCUGUCAGCAAAGCCAGAUGUGAACCCACUCCACGGGAAUCACCAGACCCUUCAGCACUAUCAGUAUGAGAACGGUGCUCACAUGCAGUUUGCAGCUUCAGACACUCAAGAUCUGCCACUCAACACCUUCACAGCACAGAGAGAUUCAGGGCUCUUCUACCAUUGUCUAAAAAGAAGAGAAAGCGCUCGGCACCUGGACCUGCCCUGCAAACGCUCCUACCUGGACGCGUCGUCCUCGGUGGGGGACGAUCACUAUUUCCGCUCGCCGCCGCCCUACGAGCAGCAGAUGCUGAGCCCGUCCUACUGCGGGGACGUGGCCCCCAGGGAGGCCUGCAUGUACUCUGGCUCCGGCGCCGACAUCGCCGCCGUCUCGGCCGUCGACGAUUUGCCGCCCCCGCCGCCCCCGCUGAGCUGCAACAUGUGGACUUCAGUGGCACCUUACACCAGCUACAGCGUGCAGGCCAUGGACACGGUCCCGUACCAGCCCUUCCCCGCGCACUUCCCCGCCGCGCCCAUGAUGCCGCGGCUGCCGGCCAUGGCGGGGCAGGGCUCGCAGGCGCCGGGCAGCGGCCCCUUCAGCGUGUACAACCAGCUGGGCCCCGCGCCGGGCCGGGAGCGCGGCCCCGCCGCCGCCUUCCCCCGGGAGAGGGUGCACCCGGCCGUGUGCGAGAGGAAAGCGCCCUCUCCGCACCUCAACGCGGCCAACGAGUUCCUGUACCCGCAGGGCUUCUCGCUGUCCAGGGAGUCGUCGCUGCAGUAUCAUUCAGGGAUGGGGACUGUGGAGAACUGGACUGACGGGUGACCCCCGCGCCCGGCGCCCUCCCUGCUCCAGGACAGUUCGGUCAGUGUUGAUACCUGUGGGUAACUUGCACUUCGCUGAGACACAUGUGCGUUUCCAGAGGGAUUUGUGUGCGUGAAGAGCAUCUCCUGUCUCGGUGGGCUGGAUUCAUCAGGCUCUCAGUGACUCCCAAAUAAAUUCAUUCUCGUGUCCUCAUCCAGUAGAAACCGUCUUCAUGACUAACGAGUGACGUAGCCAGUCGUGUUCUUUUGCCUGUAAUGUUAAACAUCCGUGAGCGAAUUUCGGCUAUUUGGGAAAAAAUCGAGCUUCACUUUCACGGUUCUUGGCUGACGAAGCCGCAGCCUCCCAAACCUCCGAGGAAAAAGCCGCUCGAUGGUUCAGAGCUCCGGGACUGCCGUGGCAGCGCCUCUUCGGCCCGCUGGGUCCCCAGAGAUCCCCGGGGGUUCCCCGGGAGCCGCGGGGCCGCCCCGGCAGCGCGGGCACAACAGGAGGAGGCACCGAGGCACGGAUGUCUCUUCUGCCCCACAGCGGCAUCGGCCGUGGGAAGCGAAGAAGCGAAGAGUUAAACCCGAGGCCAAACAGCAAAUUAAUUGCAGCGUUAGGAACAGACCCAGUGUCUUCAGACUCCCGUCCCUUGAUUGAAUCACAUUUGCUUAUUGCAAUAUAUUUAUGAAGUUUAAGCUUAAAAGUCGCUAAUACUUUCCAGAACCAAUUUCUGUAUUUGCUGGUCCUUGACUUCUUUCGUAUUCAGCUGAAACGUGCCUUUUGUGCUGUGUUCUUUUCUUUUGCAGCUAACUCAGAAUUGUUUUCAGCCUAAAGGAGGCCUAGAGGAAUCUUUUCCUAGUGGUGGGGUGGGGAGGGAAGAGCUCCCAUGACCCGUCAGGCUUUCCAGUGUACAAAUCUUUGUAGAACAGGUAAAAUCUGUAACCAGUGUAUUCAUUGCUCCUUCUGGGGCUGCUCCCUGCCCUCUGCAGUGUCCCCGGGAGCUGCCACAGCGUGGGUUUGAUCCCCCGACAGGUCUUUCCCAGCCUCGGUGGUUUGGAAGGAGGCUGACAGCCCUGGGGAGGCAGAGGAGAUUCCUGCUGGGACAAAACUCCAUUUUCCUCAGCCACAGAGCUCCAGUGCCCCUGCAGUGUCCGCCCUGCCGAGCUCCGGGCGGUGCCACCGAGGCGCGGUGACACCGAGGUGACGCUGGGGUUCGGUCCCAUGCCGAGCACGAUGUUGGAGCCUCAGUCCUUGCACAGAGGGGUUUUCAUCCCCCCGUUGCUUCCCAAAGGGGCAAAAGCUGAACUGCAGCUUUGGGAGGGGAGAGGCCGCUGUGCUUUGGUGAAUCCGUCCCGAGGAGGAGCCGGUGGAUGAGGGGACCCCGAGGUCACCUUGCAGCCAGGACAGUCCCCUGCACCCACUCAGCACAGCUCCUGUGUGACUGCUGGGGAUUGGGAACCACGUCUGGGAAAUCACUACCAUUUUGCAUGCUGAAUAGCUAUUUAUAUACAUAUAUAUUUUUUAUAUAUAUAUAUAUAAAAUUAUAUAUAUCACAAAUGCAGGCCACGUGUCCAAUUCAGCUUUGCUUUUGAUGAAUGAAAUACUUAAUAAAAAUGAAUGUUGCAAAGGUUUUUUUUUUUUGGAAAGACAUCUAUUUAAAUUUUUUUUAUUACACACCUUUGAUGUAAAAACUAAGAAUUGAUUAGACAAAAAACCCUAUAUACUACAGAUAAAUCUUUAUUAGAAACCACAUUAGAUACAGGUGAUAUGGAAUUUUUAAAUGUUUGUUACCUAGCAUGGACAUUUUAUUUUACAUAUCAGAACAUAAAGUCAUUUUACCGCUACAAGCUGUCUCUGGGUGCAUUUCAAUAAUUAGUAUAAAAAUGUUCUGUGUUGAAUGAAGAUGCCUGGUCUCUCUUGUGUCUCCUGCUACCCCAAGCUCACCCUUCCCUGACU